UAAUGCAACUACUUUUGAGUUGAUUUUCCGUUUAGUGACGAGAUUCAGACCUUGACUACUAAUAAGGAAUUACUUGUAUUUUUUCCCCCCUGGUGAAUAAGGGGUGUGCCCGUGACUUUAAGAGUAUACCAGAUCACGACAUUGGCCUACUCAACGUCCCUCCCUCGAGGAUUAAUCUUUCAGUAUACUUCAAGACGCUCCGAAUAAUUAAUUACGGACAUCAUGCGAUCAACAUACGUAGCCGGAGCCUUGGUGUCGUUUCUUGGGCCAUUAGCAACUGGCGGACCUACUGACACCGACGAGUCAGGUAUGAUCAAAUUGAUGGUGGUAGGCGAUUCCUUGUCACAUGGCUUUGAAGGAGACCAUACGUGGAGGUAUCGACUAUGGGAGUGGCUUCGCGACCAAGAGAUCAACGCAACGUUCGUUGGGCGUCAUACUGGGACAUUUCCUCAAGUCGAAGGACAGGGGCCAAUAUGCCAGAACAAGACACUUUUGAAGCAAAUCAGCGAUGCAAGUUUCAGAUACCCAGUUCAAGAUGCAGGAUACGCCGAGGAUAUAACACACGACUGGCCCAACGCACACUCAUCAAUGUAUGGCCGACAAGCCUCCCGGUUAAAUCUCAAGAAUAUGACGGCAGACUUCGAUCCCGACUACAUCAUCAUACAACUGGGCAUCAACGACUUAAUUCAUAAUCUCAGCCCGCAUACGGUACGGGCCCACCUGGGACGACUUGUCGACGAAGCAAGAGCUGUCAAGUCUGACGUGAGAUUUGUUAUCGCCACAAUGCCAGGAAUCAAAACUCUUCUUGGAAUACCAUUUUCCUUCGAUGAUCGAUCGGAAAAGUUGAGCGAGAUGAUCGAGCACGCAAUCAGAGAGUGGGAUAUCGCAGAAUCGCCCGUUGCCCUCGUGCGCCUUAGAGCGACCUAUGAUUGCGAUCCUGACAGAUGUCCCGUGGGCUGGGACGGCAGAAAUCCAGCUGAACUAGGCGAAUAUCAGAUCGCUAGCGCAUUCAGCCAAACACUGCACGAAAGGUUUGGAUUCGGGAGAGUUCCGCUUAAAGUACCCGCAGAAGCGGUUGUAUCUGAACGACGUGUUUCAACGCCGAAAAACUUCAUGAUUGAACGAGUUCCAUGGGGUCUCAAGCUUACAUGGGACAAGGUCAGCAGCGCCUAUAGAUAUGAUGUCGCUGCAAGAAAAGCGAAUACGACGGAAUGGCAGAUGGUGCUUUCGGGUAACGGGUACGAGUAUGGCGCAAGACGCUAUGAUGUCUUAGAUGUGGAGACUGGCGAGGAAUGGGAGUUCAAGGUCCGGGCGAACAAUGGAGAGGUGAAUGGGACUGAACGUUUCUCAGAUUGGACGCCGAUCAAAUCAGAGACUACAAAUAUCACCACAGACAUGUGUAAGCAAGGUUUGCGACCAAAUGGCGUGAACAGAACCCACCGGCAUCAAGUUGAUCGCCCUCCAUUUCUCUCGUAUGUAGCUCUCUUCAUCUGCGUUGCGACAAUCUAUGAGCUCGGCCGUAGAUACCUCUUACACCCAUGGCGGGCGACCUCAAGCGCUUAUAUGCCGAUACGUUGAUUGGCGGUGGAGAAUGAAUGCCUGUAAAAUAUCCCAUCUUCAAGAACGAAGGGAAUAUGCAGUUUAACUUGCUACAUUGGAAAGACCAUGAGAACGAUAGACAGAUGGCUUAAAUCGCUAAAUCAGCACUUGAUUUCGCAUGAUUAAGCCAAAAUUCUUUGAACA